AUGAUAACAUCAAAUGUUACAACUUGCAUUCAUCAAGCAUUUAUCGAACAGGCAAUUCUCCAUCCAAAUAAGGUGGCUAUUACACUUGAUGAUCAAUCUCUAACCUACAAUCAAUUACUUAAUCAAGUACGACAGCUAACAUUUGUUCUAAUCAAUGAUAAAGGAGUACAUCCAGGUGAUAUUGUAUGCCAGUAUAUCGAUCGAAGUAUCGAAAUGAUUGUUGGUAUAAUGAGUAUUAUGAUGUCAGGUGCUGUUUAUGCUCCAUUGAAUUCAAGUGAUCCUCUUGAUCGACUUGAGUUACUUGUUCAUCAAGUUGAUACUAAACUCAUACUUGUCAAUCAGAUGUCACUUUCACGCAUAAGCUCACUCAAUGUUCCCAUUCUCGAUAUCUCUGAAGUAAUUGAAUCCUAUCAUAUUUUGACUGAUGCUCAAAUUGAAGAAUUGUCUAAAGUUGAUGUAACACCUGAUUCUAUCUCCCAUAUUGUGUUUACAUCGGGAUCGACAGGUACUCCAAAAGCUGUUCAAAUUCGUCAUCGAAAUUUUAUGGCCUAUAUGGAAACACAUGUCAUACAAACGAAUGAUAUUGUUCUUCAGCUUACAAGUUCUUCUUUUGAUGCUCAUUUGGAUGAAGUCAAUGGUGCUCUAGUUCGAGGUGCUCAAUUAGUAGCACUCAAAAAUGGAGGUCAUUUCGAUUUUGAUUAUGUAACAAAAACUAUUUAUGAUAAGAAAGUCACUUUUGUUGGACCUGUACCAUCAUGGCUCAAUGCUUUUGGCAAAUUUCUUAAUGAGAAUUAUCAUGCUCAACAAAGAGUCAAAUCAGUACGCUGGUGGUAUUUUGGAGGUGAAACACUGCUCAGUUCGACCAUUAUUCAGCUUUUACCAUUUGUUGACGAACAAAGUCGCUUUUUCAAUCUCUAUGGACCUGCUGAAAUCACAGUGGUGGCUACUUGCCACGAAGUUCGUCGCGAAGAACUCUCUACAACUGUAUCAUUGCCCAUUGGUUAUCCACUAAUUGGUUAUUGCAUUUAUCUUCUUGAUGAAUACCGACAGCCAGUAGUACCUGGUCAACUGGGUGAGAUUAUUAUUGGAGGCGUUGGUGUCUUUGCGGGCUACUAUGGACGAGCUGAUUUAACGGCACAAUCAUUGAUCGAUAUUGAUGGUGAACAAUGUUAUGCAACUGGUGACUUGGCUCGUUUGGAUGUUGCAUCAGGCGAGCUCAUUUUUAUCGGUCGUCGAGACUAUCAAGUGAAACUUAGAGAAACAUUGUCAUCACUCGAGCUGAAAUUACAAGAUAUUUUUAUUCGAGCAUUUCGUCUGCCUUCACCACCAGAUGUGCGAACCCCAUUCGGCCUGUUAGGUGGUACAUCAUUAGGCGCUAUGUGUGCACUUAACUUAAUUCGACAAGAAGUAACGGAUAAAAUGGAUAUUAGUCUACUGUUUACAAAUCCUUCUGUGAAAGCACUCGCUGCAGCCUUGGAACCCAUACUUUGCGUCACUGAAUCUGGUAAUAAAAAGGAAGAGAAAGAUGAUGACGACUUUUCAUUCCGACCUCAUUCAUCAUGGUUUAUCGAGUCACUCGGUAUUGUUCUCCUUGCAUGGCAGUGGUUAUGGCCAAUCUUUAUGGCUGUGAGAUUAGAAUUUGAUUUUCUGCCAAUGCUACUUAUUCCAUUUAUUCAUCUAAUUCAAUUUCCCGUGUUCCUGAAACUCUUUGGUGGACCAUUUCCACGAGGCCGCGAUACACUCUAUUCAUGGCGCUACUAUCGUUUAUGGUUCCUACGACGUCAGUGGUCGCUCAAUACAUAUUGGCUUGGGCAUUUGCUGGGUACUCCUUUUUAUAAUACUUAUCUUCGUCUAUGUGGUGCUCGCAUUCAUGAUGGCGGUACGCAGUGGCUUAUUGUUGCUCUUCGACGAUUCGGAGCACAAAUUGAUGAUGAUGUUAUUAUUGAAGAUAUGAUCUCCAUAGAUGACGUUCACUUGAUCACAAUCGGUAGUCAUGUACGUCUCUCAUCGACAUCUCGAAUACAGGUGGGUUCGCCACUUAAACAUUGUAAUACAUAA